AUGUCAACGCCGCCUAAGACUCAAACACCAAGCUCGAGAGGCUCAAAGAGCCCCGACAAGCACCCCGCCAAGAGCCCUUCGAGAAGCUCUCGGGAUACGUCGCCCAGUGUUGGCGAUCCCAACAUUCUAUCAGCCUCGCACUGGCAGCAGCUCGCCGAGGACGAGGGCGUGAUCGAAGACGAUGGCGAUUCACUCACAGGCCAAAGUCUUUCAUCUUCGACAGAUUCGGUGACUUCUAGCAUCUUUGAGUACCGCAAGCUACAUGGACGCACGUUUCAUCAUGAGAUUGGGAGUGCACAGUAUUGGGACUUUGCCGACGAGUAUCCCAAUGCAGAGGUUAUCGGCACCGACAUCUCGCCUAUCGAGCCCUUUUGGGUUCCCCCGAAUCUAAAGUUUGAAAUCGAAGAUUGUACCCAGGAGUGGACAUUCGCACCAAACUCUGCCGAUCAUAUCCACAUACGCUGGUUAAUCGGCAGCAUUCCCGACUGGAACCAGCUCUUCAGGGAGGCUUACAAAACUUGCAAACCGGGUGGCUGGGUUGAAAGUUUCGAGCCAUCAUCACCAGCGACGACGAUACUGUAA